AUGGCACCAACCAUGGUAUAUUCGGCCGUGGCACCAAUGGCCAGUCAUGACCAGCCGACAACACGAAUUCAUGGGCGAGUGAAGGAAAUCAUGAUUGCUUUUGCAGUCAUGACCAUACCAAUGACCAUCUUCUCUGCACUUCUGCUUGGCCUGAUCUUCCACUAUCGGGUCGUUCAGAAUCCUUUUGUGUCCGACGACCUGGCAUUUGACGCUGGACAAGAUGUCUCGAGCGUCGUGUUCGUCAAGAUCAGUGCGACCACCCUCAUCACCAUUGCUUCAUGGUCAAGUACUACAGCUCCAAUCUUAGUCGGGUUUCCCGUCACUCUGGUCUCGUAUCCUGUCGCCAGCGGAAUACUCACUGCGUCCAUCAAACAGGAAGCAGCCCAGUUACCCACUCCAUACCAGUUUUCUUUGUUGCUGAAGAUGCUUUCAGGAGGAUCUGUAUCAGCGUUGUGGAGCUGGUUACAGUACGCCUUUGGCUGGAAGGCCCGAAGAGAACCUCAGGGCAGAUCAGUAAAGACUCUGACGAGUAUACUUACUCUUGGCAUCAUCUUGAGCACUUUUGUCUUUGCCACCGAUACUUGGCUGCACUUCACCACGAAAACGGUCAACUUCUCGCAGGUUACACCCACCUCAGAUGCCUUCGACCUAAGUUUUGGCGUCUACGAUAACUGCACUGAUGUCUCCCAGACCUAUUCCUUUGGUUGCAAUAUGGAUAAUCCUGCCUCAGGUGCGGUUCUCAUGAGCUCCACUCCGAUCGAAGUCCUUUCCAAUAUCUCGGAUAGCAUGCUAAUUCAAACACAUACCAUUGGAAGCGACCAAUUCGCCUACCUGACAAAUGCACAGCUCUCUCGGCUGGCAUCCAUCGACUAUAGUGCUAAGUCAUAUGCUGUGCAAUCUCAAUGCAAACCUGUCACGAGCAGUUGCAUGAGUACUGAUGAUGUUGCUGGCGUGGGCACAUUCUACCAUUGCCCCUUUGCCUUCCAAGGGAUGGCGGAUACAAGCGUGGGCUCUUUGAACUCAGUCACCAUGGCCUACUUUACCGAUUCUUCGGGGGCCAACAACAAUACCAACACGAAUCACAUAGGCAACCCCUAUUACCAUGCUGCUGUAGCAGUCGUGAACAUGCGGAAUGGUGUCUCUCAAGCUUUAAUGAGCGAUCCAGAGAUCAUCAAGGGCGGACACGGAGGCUCCACCAUCAUUGCGUUGUUUUGUAAUUCGACGAUCUACGACCUUGAGUACACGUCUGUGAACGGCAGUGUCACCCGUUUCGCCGUAAACCUAAGCAACAGCUCCACGACAAACAUUCUCCAAGGUUCCCAGAGACUCACGGAUGCUGGCGAUGCAAAUCUCGUUCAGGCCGCAAGUGUUGCCGGUCUCGGAAACUCUGCUCAAGCCAUCUCGGAUCAAUUCGCACUGUCCUACAGCCAAACCGCGCUUGCUGUGGCUGUAGGGGCCUUCCAGCCGCGGCCAGCACUCGAGUUGCAGUCACGGGAGGACAUGCUUGUCGCACGUGUGCCUAAGUUGCCGUUGGCGUGCUUGCUAGCUGCCAACCUCUUGCUGGUAUUGCUGGGAAUUGCAUUGACUGUAGUCGCAUUCCUGUCUUCCAGCCGCGAGACAGGUGAAAUUCAGGCGCGAUUGAGCAUUGCUGCACUUGUUGCGUCUCAAUUCGAAGAAGUGAGAACGCGCUCUCCGGUGGAGAAGGUCGAAGACAUGUUCGAGGAAAGCCAUGGCGAGCCGGGACCGCGCAUUGGGUUUUUCAGAUCCCCGGAGGGUGCUUGGGUGUUUGGCAGUUUCCGCCCAAUUUCAUAA